AUAACUAAAUUGUAAAAAAAUUAACUAAAAUUAACAUGGAAGCAAAAACUAUAAUCUAUAUAAAAAUAACUCUGAUUUGAUGACGUCAUAUAUGACUUUUGAACGUUGAACGAACCUUUUACUUAUAUUAUGUAUUUAUUUGUUAAUUGUUAUGGAUUGACUUCUGAAUUGUCCACCACAAAACUAGUUUGGUUUUGCGCUAACAAACUAAAUCGUCUCAAUGUUGAUUUAAUGAGGAAUUGUUCUCUCCAGUCCUGUUGGGGGCAGUAAUGCACCAUAAGCCGGUUCGUCAUCUGCCAUUUAACUGCAUUAAAAGAAGCACGGCUGUCUCGAGCUUAAGUGCAUAUAAAUGUUGAUAUCAAAACUUUAUUCCCAAUUGCCAUUUCGUUUAGGCUGAAUUUAUUGGCAAAUAUGUUAUUUUAAUAUCAAGCAUUGUGAUUUAAAGUCAAUACGCGCCAUUCGUACAACAGUACAUCUCAGACUUUGAGAAGAAACUUUACGUCAUGUCUUCCCUGCUUCUGAGGAUUUUAUACGGGUUUUCUCCACCACUGUACAGGCAGUUAUUCAAGUGGCCGUUUGUCUUAGCGGCUGGCAAGAAAGAUCUCAUUGAUCUGCCUGUAUUAAAUGAAGAAGAUCUGGAGGAGCAAUUCGUCAGAGGAUCAGGACCUGGAGGACAAGCCACCAACAAAACCAGCAACUGUGUGGUGCUCAAACACAUCCCCACAGGCAUUGUAGUGAAGUGUCAUCAGACCAGAUCAGUGACCCACAACAGAAAACUGGCCCGAGACAUUUUAAGAGAGAAACUGGAGGUGGAGUAUAAAGGCGAGGAAAGUGAACUGCUGAGAAGACAAAGGGAAUCCAUACAGAAGAAACAGAAGAAGCGGAGAAAAGUGAAUGAAAACAUUGAGAAAAAGAGAAGAUUCAAAGAGACCCUAAAGGCAGGAGGAGGAGAUUUCAGAAUCAAAAGUCAAGAACCUUGACAACAGACUCUUGUCAUACAUUUACUAGCUGUACGUGUUAGUUUGCCUUUACACAAUCGGUUGAAGGAUAUAACCUGUAAAUAAACAAUGAGAAAUUGAAUUAUUAAAGACCUGAAUGCAGUGUUGGCUCGGUCUUCAGACCAUUUUUUGUGAAGGUCUCUGGGAUUUUAUUUCAAGACCACAACUGUGGGCAUAUCACGUUU